GCCGCGGAUCCUGCGCGAGGCGCCAACAAAAGAGGCGAGGAGGUGCCAGCCGGGGGCGGCUGCUGGAAGAGGCGCGGAGGAAGAGCGCGGCGCUGAGCGUCCCGACCCGCCGUGCGUACUUUCUGGAGGGAAGGGGCGGGGGACUCGGCCUCGGGAGGGGGACACCCGGCGGCGAGGGGGUUAGCCAAGUUCCUGCGGCAGCAGCGGCGGCGGCGGCGGCAGCCCUCCUCAGCUUCCACAAGACUUAAGUUUCCUCCAGACGCUUCCGGCCGGCCCGCGCCCUCCGGGCCCAACCUCCCGAACCUUUGGAGCGGGCAGCGUCCCGGCCCAGCUCCGGGGAGACCCGAGCCGCGAUGCCUGGGGGGUGCUCCCGGGGCCCCGCCGCCGGGGACGGGAGGCUGCGGCUGGCACGGCUGGCGCUGGUACUCCUGGGCUGGGUCUCGUCGUCCUCCCUCCCCUCCUCUGCGUCCUCGUCCACCUCCUCGGCGUUCCCGGUCUCCGCGGCGUCCGCCCAGCCCCAGCUGCCGGGCCGAUGCCCCCCGGCGUGCGAGUGCUCCGAGGCGGCGCGCACCGUCAAGUGCGUGAACCGCAACCUGACCGAGGUGCCCGCGGACCUGCCUCCCUACGUGCGCAACCUCUUCCUCACCGGCAAUCAGCUGGCAGUGCUCCCCGCCGGGGCCUUCGCCCGCCGGCCGCCGCUGGCCGAGCUGGCCACGCUCAACCUCAGCGGCAGCCACCUGGAGGAGGUGCGCGCCGGCGCCUUCGCGCAUCUGCCCAGCCUGCGCCAACUCGACCUCAGCCACAACCCGCUGGCCGACCUCAGCCCCUUUGCCUUCUCGGGCGGCAACGCCAGCGUCGCGGCCCCCAGCCCCCUGGUGGAACUGAUCCUGAACCGCAUCGUGCCCCCUGCGGCCGAGCGGCAGAACCGGAGCUUUGAGGGUGCGGUGGCAGCGGCCCUGCGAGCGGGCCAUGCGCUGCGCGGGCUCCGCCGCCUGGAGCUGGUCAGCAACCGCCUCCUCUACCUGCCCCGCGACGUCCUGGCCCAGCUGCCCGGCCUCAGGCACCUGGACCUACGCAACAACUCGCUGGUGAGCCUGACCUAUGUGUCCUUCCGCAACCUGACACACCUCGAAAGCCUCCACCUGGAGAACAAUGCCCUCAAGGUCCUGCACAACGGCACCCUGGCAGAGCUGCAAAGCCUGCCUCACGUCAGGGUCUUCCUGGACGACAAUCCCUGGGUCUGUGACUGCCACAUGGCGGACAUGGUGGCCUGGCUCAAGGAGACAGAGGUAGUGCAGGGCAAAGCCAGGCUCACCUGUGCAUUCCCGGAAAAAAUGAGGAAUCGGGUCCUCUUGGAACUCAACAGCUCCGACCUGGACUGUGACCCUAUCCUUCCUCCAUCCCUGCAGACGUCUUAUGUCUUCCUGGGUAUUGUUUUAGCCCUGAUAGGUGCCAUUUUCCUACUGGUUUUGUAUUUGAACCGCAAAGGGAUAAAAAAGUGGAUGCAUAACAUCAGAGAUGCCUGCAGGGAUCACAUGGAAGGGUAUCAUUACAGAUAUGAAAUCAAUGCGGACCCCAGGUUAACAAACCUCAGUUCUAAUUCGGAUGUCUGAGAACCACGCGAGGACAGAACAAGGACAGCUAUGCAUGAGAUGUAGACUUCAGCUUUUGUCCUGUCCUAGGCUUGCUGCACCACCACUCUCCACUGUAGCUGCCACUGACCUUGACUGAAAGCAGUGAAGGGAAUUUGCUCCCUUAUGUAAAGUUUCUUGGUGUGUUCUGCUACUGUAAGACAAUGGACAACUGUGCUUAGUGUUUUCUCCUCUUCCUUUUCUGGGAAAUCAACACGUCUGGAGGGAUGUUUUCAAGUUUCAGCAUGAACAUGGCCUCCUGGCUGUUUCUCUUAGUACAGUUCAAGGUUAUCAAGUGUACACCCACAGAUAGCAUUCAACAAAAGCUGCCUCAACUUUUUUGAGAAAAAGACGUAUUUCAUAAAUAUCAGUUUUAUUCUCAUGUACCAAAAUUGUGGAGAGAAUGAUUGCAUUCCAUAAACUGCCCGCAGACCUUAGCAAGCUCUUCAAAGUAACUCCAUAGCACACAGGAGCGCCUGCAUCUGAGAGCAUGCUUACAUUUUCCUGUUCUGCAUAUUACAAAAAAUAACUUGCAACUUCAGAUAACUUCUUUGACAAGUUACUUUUUUGAUUGCAGUUUAUAUGAAACUGUGCUGACGUUUUUUUAUAAACUGCAUCGAGAUCCAGCAAACUAAAUUGUU